CAUAUAUAUGUAGAGUGCAGAAGGUGAAGGCGAAAGGCAAUCAGGCAUCCAUUACUCAUUACUGCAUAUACAUAUAAUCUUCUUCUCGUCGUGGAGCUUCGAAAAUGAAGGUGGCGGCCCGCGUCCAUUUCUUGGCGAUUCUACCGGCGCUUCUGCUCUCAGCCCAAGGAGCCAUUGCCGGCCAGACAGUGAGCUACUUACCCGGAUAUGAUGGCCCACUUCCCUUCCACCUUCAAACUGGAUACAUAAGUGUUGGUGACUCGGAGUUGUUUUACUACUUCAUUGAGUCGGAAGGAAAUCCUGUAGAGGACCCUUUGCUCUUGUGGCUCACCGGCGGCCCCGGCUGUUCUUCUUUCAAUGGCUUUAUCUACGAAGUUGGACCAUUGGAGUUUGUGACAGAAAACUACACGGGGGGCUUACCAAAGCUAAGAGACUAUCCCUACUCCUGGACGAAGACUGCGAGCAUCAUAUUUUUGGAUCAACCGGUGGGUGCUGGAUUUUCCUAUUCAAGAACAUUAAAGGGUUGGCCAACUUCUGACUCAGUAUCAGUGAAGCAAUCUUAUGAAUUCCUCAUCAAGUGGCUCGAAGAAAACCCACAAUAUCUCAAAGUUCAAUUAUUUGUGACGGGAGACUCUUAUUCAGGGAUAACGAUUCCAUUGAUCACUAAACAAAUUGCAGAUGGUAAUAAAAAUGGUGGCAAGCCAUACAUGAACCUCAAGGGGAUGUUUCUUGGGAGCCCUGCCACUUAUCUUAUAAUGGACGAGAACUCGAGAGUAGACUUUGCUCACAGGAUGGCCCUUAUUUCAGAUGAGAUCUAUGAGAACGCGAAGAGGGCUUGCAAUGAGAGCUACACAAGUGCAGACCCAACAAACACAGCUUGUACGAUAGCCAUGGCUGAGAUAACAAAGUGCAUCAAGGGUUUGUUUUCGGGUAACAUUUUGCAACCCAAGUGUAAAUCAUUGUCUCCUCAAACUCAAAGUGAUCCAUUAGGAGAAACUGCAGAAAGAAGAUCGCUUCAAGUUGAAGAACACCAUCAUCAUACCCUUUCUCAUUUCCUUUCCUCUCCUCCACGCUUCUCAAACCACCCAUGUCCAGCAACCUAUAGGUACAUAUUCGCCUAUGCCUGGGCAAACGAGGAUGCUGUACAAAAAGCUUUACAUGUGCGAAAGGGAACUGUACCGUAUUGGAGCAGAUGCAAUGAGAGCUUAUCAUACUCGAAGGACAUACCGAACGUUGUACCUGUUCAUGAAGAGCUAAAGAAGUUAGCUUUACAAGUGAUUGUAGCUACUGGCGACCGUGACAUGGUUGUUCCAUUUGUGGGCACUAUCAAAUGGAUCAAAUUUCUGAACUUGACGAUCGCUGAUUACUGGCGACCAUGGUUUUUGGAUGGCCAAGUCGCAGGAUACACAGAAAAAUUUCAUGAGAAUGGGUACUAUUUGACAUAUGCUACUGUUAAAGGGGCAGGUCACCCAGCUGCAGAGUACCAACGGAGGAAAUGCUAUUACAUAUUUGACAGAUGGGUUCAUUUCUAUCCUCUUUAAUUAGCCAACAUUGUUCCUUAUUGAUUAAUUAUGUUCCUCUCCUUUUCUCCUUUUGCAAUGAAUAAGUGUUGUGCUAAGAUUCGAGAUAUGUCUUGUGUAUGUUUUACAACUUAAUAAUUAAAAUUUUAAUGUGG